UCAAAACAUGUCUGAGCGUUAGACAGCUGAGCAGGGUUUGAUUCAGUGUCACUGUUCCUGUGCGUUUAUCUAGCUUGAAGAGACGCACACAUAAUGGGAGACAUAGCGACGACAUGUUGCAGGUUUAUUAACAAACUUUAAAAGAGUGGAGGUCGUCAUAAAUUGGACUUUACUGCCAAAAAACAACAACAACAACAACAACAAACGACGGUUCUCCGAUCCGUUCUUCAGGAUGGAGAAUGAGGCUGCAUCCACUAAAGCAGAGGGCUUCCUCUCCAGAAUGGCCCUCAAUGACAACAAGGCUGGUAUGGAGGGUGUUGACAGGGACAAGAUCAACAAGAUCAUCAUGGAGUCAUCCAAGGGGUCUAGGUUUUAUGAGAAUGAGCUGAAGAGAGAGCAGCAGGUGAACCAGCGAAUUGAGAAAAUGAUGUUACAAAAGGCACAGAUCACUGACCAACAGUUAAAGAAAGCACAAGCUCAGGUGGAGAGGAUGACCGCUGAGCUGGAGAGAAGUCGUGAUCUAAGCCGUGUGAUCGUACAUGUGGACAUGGAUGCUUUCUACGCUGCUGUGGAGAUGAGAGACUGUCCUGAGCUGAAGGACAAACCCAUGGCUGUAGGAUCCAUGAGCAUGCUGUCAACAUCUAACUACCAUGCCAGGAAGUAUGGGGUCCGAGCUGCCAUGCCUGGCUUCAUUGCAAAGAAACUCUGCCCCAGCUUAGUUAUUGUUCCAACCAACUUUGAUAAAUACCGAGCUGUGAGCAAUGAGAUCCGGGAGAUUUUUGCAGACUAUGACCCUCACUUCCAGCCAAUGAGCCUGGAUGAAGCCUAUCUGGAUUUUACAGACCACCUGCAACAGAGGCAGAGCUGGCCAGAUUCCUCACGUACACAUCGCUUCCGUGCCAGCAGCACCUCUACAGGUGAAGAGCAGAUUGAGCUUCCCCAGGAGCCAGAGAUGAAAGACCUCUCUCCGGUCCUGUUUGAGGACAGCCCAAGCUCCUCUCCCUGCUUGCCGGGCUCUGAAGGUGUCAGUGCCGCUGGUGGUGUGUUUGAGGUAUUUGGGAAGUCUGUUGAGGAGGCUGUGAGAGAGAUGCGCUUCCGCAUUGAGCAGAAGACCAUGCUGACUGCCAGUGCAGGAAUUGCUCCAAACACGAUGCUUGCCAAGGUGUGCAGUGACAAGAACAAGCCCAACGGCCAAUACAGACUCCCUUCCACUAGAGAGGCGGUGAUGGACUUUGUCCAGAAUCUCCCAGUUCGCAAAGUUUCUGGCAUAGGGAAAGUGAGUGACAAAAUGCUAAACGCUCUGGGCAUCAGUAGCUGUUCUCAUCUUGGUCAGCAGAUGGCGCUGCUGUCGUUGUUGUUUUCAGAGACAGCCUGGCAUCAUUUCCUGCAGGUUUCCCUGGGUCUGGGCUCUACAUAUAUACCUAGGCAUGAAGAAAGAAAAAGCAUGAGCACAGAAAGGACAUUUAAAGAACUGAGUGAAGCUGAGGAGCAGUUGUCUUUAUGCAGGGAGCUCUGUGAAGACUUAGCACAGGACAUGAAGAAAGAAUCUCUGAAGGGUAAAACAGUUACACUGAAGCUCAAGAACGUGAACUUUGAGGUGAAAACCAGAGCGCUGACGCUGCCGUAUGCUGUUGCUACAGUGGAUGAGAUCUUUGCUGUUGCUAAGGACUUACUGAAAACAGAAAGAGACAAUGAAAGCCCCCAGCCACUCAGACUGAGGCUCAUGGGUGUUAGAAUCUCUGCCUUUGUCACUUCGGAUGAUAAAAAGCCCCUACAGAAGAGCAUCAUUGGGUUUCUUCAGACCGGCAAGACGGAUUCUGGUGGCUCCCAAGGAACCCAUCAAAAGAUUACCUGUUUUCCCCCAGUGGAGAAGUGUCAGAGACAAGAGGAGGUUCCCAGGUGGAGUAAACAGAGGGGGUUAGAGAGGAGCCAGACUGGCGAGGAACCCCAACAGUCUUUCUUCCAAAGGGCUCAUGCCAAAAGACUGCAACUCCAGGCGGUGAAUGCAAACACAGAAGAGGAAGGACAUGGGGAGAAUGCUUCUGAGAUUACUUCCACAGGCACUUAUGCUCAAAAUGGAGUAGUGUCAUCAACAAAAGCUCAUGACAACUGUACAGCCUCAGAUCGCUCAGAAAAUGACUUUGUUUCCCAUGUAGAGGCCAAAGCAUCCACGUCAGGCUGUGGCAGCGCAGUGUCAGAGCGCCUCACCUGUCCGGUGUGUUUCAGGCAGGUGGAGACGACCAAUUUAAAUGUCUUCAACAGACAUAUAGACCAGUGUCUCAGUGAUGCCUCUAGUAAGCCAAACCAAUACACCGUUUCUGACACAGAGUCAGAUUUGGACCUAGAGAAUGACCAUAAAGAAUGUGAAGUGGUGGAAUUAAGAGCAGUGCAGUGUGAGGUUGAAGAAGAUUCAACGUCGAACAGAACUCAGGAAGAUCAGCGCAGCUUGAAAAACGAUCAUUUGAUCAAUGGACACAACCAAACCGUGACCUCGCAACAGCCUCAGUCAUGUAAUGAUAAAGGGUCCGUCCUCAUCUGCCCAAUAUGUCAGCUGACCCAGGACAGCGAUGACCUCAUUAUCUUCAACCACCACGUUGACCUCUGCCUGAACCAGGAGGUCCUACAUGAACUGGGGGGACAGACAUCAUCUUCCAUAAAUCUACCUUCUGUUACAAAUAGCAAGGCCAUAGACGGAGGGCGUUUCCUGCCACCGCAAGUAAGCAAAGGCAAAACCAAAAGACGGGACUCGCCUUCCUCUCCUCCUUCUAAAAAGGCUAAAGGCCUCGGUCCUCGCAACACCAUUGACAAGUUCUUCAGGUGACAGUUAUGCACGCAGAAUAUCAAUCCCGAUCUGGAGGAACUGAGAGUUUUCUACUGAAAAUGAAAAACAUCUCUCCUCUCCUCCCUCUAUGGUUCAAACUCACAGACAUUGCACACAAAGCCAUUUAUUUUCUUCACCUAAAGAAAUGUUGUAAUGAAGAUCACUGAUAGAGUCUAAGUAUGUGCACUGAUAAUAUAUAUUUGUUUUUAUAAGCCAGACAAUCGAAAUUAAAUUCUGGCAAAUUAAUAUAUAUCAUACAAUAUUUAUGACCCUGUUGUCUGUCAAUUCCAAUUUCAUUGCCUAUUUUCUGAAGAGAAGACUAAUGUUUUUAUUUUAUUGGACGGCUUUUAUGUAUAUCUAAAUGGAUCAUGAUGGUAUUUAUUACAUGCUAAGGUUAGUCUUAUUUUUUUAAUUUAUCUUCAUUAAGUUAUUCAGAUAUUUCCAGUUGUAUUUAUUGAGUUCUUCAAUAAUAAUGCUGUGUAUGUUUAAUAAUAAAAAAAGGGAAUCAUUCUAUUGUGUAGAUUUUAGUUAAAAUAAAUUACGUUUUCACUGACA